CAGAUGGGCAGGGCCAUCAAUAUGCUACGGUCAGGCUUUCUGUCGUGUAUCGGCAAGGGCCCCAGCGCGUAACUCACAUCGCCGAUCGCCGCCAUGGCCUUCGCCCUCGAGCAACUGUUUCUGUUCUCGGUUGAUGGUGGGGAUUUUGCCGCGUGGAAAGAGCCAAAUGACGCCCGGGUCAUGAUGGAUGGGCGCUGGCUUGUCAUGGUCCUGCCUUGCUGCUCUGACCCUGUCGAUUCGACCAUGGGUGGCGCACAGAGCCUGCUGGACAGGUUUCUGAACCACGCAGCUCGUACAGAUGACGUCUUUUGCUCCGAAUUUCUCUCGGGAAUCAUAGUGCCAAUCCGCAAUUCCUGCGACGGGGACCGCCAGCCCAAGAAUCUGCGCGUCAACGGAAAGGACGCAUGGCUGCGAACCAUCGUGUUCGAGGAUGGCAUCGCGCCGGCUCCAGGCCCUUAUGUGUUGGAUGCCGGUAGACUCAGUCCUGUUUACAGACUUUACGAGGAUACAUCUGCGGCUUUUUCUAUUCCGCUUCGAACCUCGCCCGACAAGGAACUCGUCGCAACCCGGAUUGCACCCAGGGGCCACCAUCCAAGCUGCGUCGCCGUCCCCUCACGCAUGCGCAGCUUCGGCGGCGCCCCCGGACCGCCGCUCGAGGGCAUUCGUGUAGCAGUCAAGGAUAUAUUCGACAUAAAGGGCCAUCACACGUCUCUCGGAAGUAGGGAAUACCUUAAACUAUCCCCUCCAGCGAACUAUACUGCACCCGCUGUCCAGCGCGUCAUCGAUGCUGGCGGCGUUGUUGUCGGUCUCACGCACAUGUGCUCAAUGGUGCUGUCGCAACAUCCGACACAGUGUAUCGACUUCCCAGCCCCUUUCAACCCCCGAGGAGACGGUUACCAGUCGCCAUCGGGCGGAAGCUCCGGGCAAGCCGCAGCUAUAGCGUCCUAUGACUGGCUGGAUGUUGCAAUCGGAAGUGACUCUACUGCUAGCGCCCGCCUUCCAGCCCUCGCCAAUGGAUGCUUCUCUUUUCGGCCAUCUGGAUCCAUGGUCUCCUGCCAGGGCAUGUGGUCAGGUGUUCCCCAAACAGACACGCCUUGCCUCUUUGCCAGAAGCCUCGAGGUUCUCAGCGAGGUCGUCAAUGUCUGGUGUCCGGGAACCAUCAGGGAUGGGGAACCCCUCAAACCCACAAGACUGCUAUCACUUCCCAAGCCACCGAUCCCCGAAGGGUCGCCGCAGCAUAUGCUGUUUACCAGCUUUCGCGAGGACCUGGAAAAGUUUGCGGGCAUUGAGUCCAAUCUGCUCUCCGUCGAGGACAUGUGGUCGUCGAGUCCGCCACCCGAGGCGGGUGGUGCCCCUCUUGAGCAAUACUUGAGCCCAGAUGUCAGCACUUGGACAUACGUCUCGACAUUCUGGGGAAGUACCAAAGUCUUUUGGGAGGGAUACCAGCAAGCCUUUGGCAGGCAGCCAUACAUGCCUCCACCCCUGGGAAUCCACACUUGGGACAAGGCGCGAGACUGCUCUUCUGAGCAGCGCAAGGAGGGUGCUGCACGGCUCGGAGUAUAUCGCCAAUGGCUCCUUCGGACUGUGCUUCAGGACGAGGCACACAACACCAUCCUUAUAUGGCCGAUUGCUGUUGUCGAGCCUGUCUACCGCGAUGAGUGGCCCCGACCACCUACUGGUGAUCAAUUGCUGUGGGAACCGCUUCUCCUGGCCCCAGUCUCCGGCGCCCCUGAGCUGGUUAUUCCUGUUGGAGAGGUUCCCUACGUAUCCCGCGUCAGCGGCAAGGAAGAAGUCCUUCCAGUCUGCAUCUCGAUGCUGGGGCCUCCUGGGACCGAUACUCAGCUCAUUGCUUUCGCUGCCAAAUUCCUGGAAGGUUCAGGUCGAUACACAGCGGUCAAAACGGGGAGGAGCAUAGGCUUCGCUUCAGGUCGUCACCAAGAGAAUCACACACAAAUGUAAACAGGAGUAGAGGCAACGCGGGUCACUGCUAUCGAUUGCCAGCCUCGAGCCUUGGGGGCAAGAUACCAGACUGGAAAACGAAAGCGGAAGCGAGGUGUCUUUAUGGAAGCAGCCCACAUGGAAAUGGAUCCAUCCCACCCAAUACAAGACGUGCAUCUCUUCCCAG